AUGACCAAACCUUCAUGCUCCAAUUGCACGCGUAACGGCUUGGAUUGGGACGGUUAUACCCUGCGGUUCACUUGGCUGCCUGCCUCAGUCGGCACUGGGGAUAAUCCACAACGACCAAAGCGCACAGUUUUGCCGAAAAAGAACACAUCACCUCUCUCCGCAGAGACCAAUACUGCAGCAUCCGUUUCUCACCUGGGAGCCUUGAUCGGUAAUGGCGCGAAUGCAGAUGAUGCUCACUUACGGCGGCUUUUAACCGACGCUGCUGAUCAUCGAGAAUCAUCGAGAGGCUUCUUAUUACUCUGCCAUGAAGAAUAUCUACUCAACCAUUUCAAUCGCUGUGUACAUAGACAUCUGAUGCACCUCAUGGGUACUUGGCUGACUGACCUGUUGUAUCACCCAUAUCUCGAACCUGCAUUGAUGGCCAUCUCAGCUUCCAAUCUAUUCCAAGAGAGUGUUUUCCGCCGCGAUCCUACAAUGUCCUCGUGCCAUAUCAAGGAGAGGCAUACUGAUACAAUGACACAGUCAUGCUUUCGUCUCGCCAUCAAUUACUAUAACGAUGCCAUCCGAACGAUAAGCGACACAACCUCCAAUGGCAACAAAUCCCCCCAGCUGAACCUUGCGAUGACUCUUUUACUUGUUCUUUUCGAGUGGGAGUCUGGGAGUGUCCACGGGAGCUUCGUCCAUAUGGAUGGUGCCGACGCCAUUGUCCUAUCUUCUUUUGAAGAGCUGUGCCAAACUUCGACAGGGCGUCUUCUUCUUAAGAGUUGGGCCGACAUGCGGGCACGCAAAAACAGACAGAAGCUUGCAUUUAGACCACUCGAGAUUGAACUCAGUAGAGCUUCCGAUACCCGGGACAGAGUCUUGAUGUCUCAUGCUCGGCAAUUUUCUUCCGGUGUCGCAUCUGCCCUUACAAAUGCGAUCUCGAUGAGGGAUCGGCUUGUCUUACACAUGUGCGCGGCUUGUGAUGGGAUUGAUGAGAGUCUUGUACUAAGUCACUUCCGCCAAUGGUACUCGCAUGCCUUUGACUUCAAUUACACAGAGGAGCUGUCGUCUGAGGUUGGGAAUGUUCUCACUACCAAUGAGUUGAUAGACGGUCUUGAUGCCACUCAAAAGGUACUCCAUGGAUGGCGUAACGGCCUGGACGAAUCACAGCUCCCAGUCCUCCAGGCACCCUCCCAUUCCGGACUUGAUCGGAUCUCGGAGGACCGGCUGGUCUUGGUCGGAGAGGUGGCACCGCUACAGUUCCGGACUCCAGAAGCCGCCUUCAAUUAUCUACGUUACGCCGUCAGCUUAGUCAUCACAUCGCCGCAAGUCCUGAGUAUGUACGUUCUUGCCACGCGACCUAGAGCGCCCAGAACACAUAUUCCCGCCGUUGUGGCUCACCUUCUUUCGGUGAUUGAAGGACUCGACCCAGCGCAGCUUAUCCGCUACGACGUGUAUGACAGUGGGCCUCUUUGGGCUCUGGUGACUUUGGCGCUGUGCGUGCCAGAGUCUCACGUUGUGUCGUGGAUCCUUGAGACUAUCCUUCCAAGAUAUGAGAAGUAUUCACAUCGUGGAUCGAUGCUUAUAAGUUUCAUAGAUGCGAAAGAGAUGUUGUUAUGUAUACAGUCGCAGUUACAGAAGGGCAUCUUACCAUUACUAUGCUCCUCAAGUUCUGUAAUCACAGAAGACCUUAUUUCCAGCCCAGUAGCACGGUUUGGGCAGAAGUUUGCUAUUAUCAGCCGGAACACUUCUGGAAUAUUUAGUCGCAUAAUUACUUCGGCUUGCUACUAG